CUAUUGAAGUUAGAUCAGUUGUAAACUUAACAAAUUUCCUUGGAUAUUUUAUACCCAAAUUAGCUAAGCGUAUUGCUCCUUUGAUGGGCUAGCUGAAAGGUAAAAAAUCAUGGUUACACAACAUAAUGUAACUCCCAAAAUAGUUGAAUUCGUUGGACCAUUUCUACGAGCAAUACAAGGAUUUAGUUAUGGAUCACACAUAUUUUACAUAAGUCUCCAGAUUGAUAUCGCUAAAGGUACUGGAACUUAUAGUGACUUCUUUUAGAAAGAUGGUUUUUGCUACCAUUUUCAGUAUAUUGGGUACAGGUUUCUUUCGGUUAUUUAUUAUGGUAAAUCAAAGAAUUAUAAGAUCCUUGCUACCUUUUCUUGUUGAUGAACACAAAAAGUACGUUGUCAACCCCAGAAUUUCCACCUAGGAGUUAAUUCAGGAUUUUGUUUCCAAAUUAACUACCCAGUUGGAAAAUGAGAGUGACAACCAAUCAAAGUCGACAUUCCUUUAGGGAACUAAUGGUCACGCUUAUUUUAACGCCUUCAUGAACCUAUUGAUAG